UAGAACAUGAUUGAUCCAAGUAUGUGGUUGACACAAGCGGGCUCGUGUUUCCUUGUGGUUGAAUCUGUGAAACUAAUGCAUCUUCAUGGACUCUAAGCUUCGUGUCUACUAUUUCAGUUACUUUUACCUAUAUGAUUAAUGAUUAUCCACAGCUCCAUCCUUUUCUCAUGGUAUUGGGCUUAGUUUUCCUUGGAGGAGAAGCCAUUAUCAGUUAUAGAUACCUUCCUUUGAGGAAAGAUGUGAAGAAAUUAGUGCACCUGGUUCUUCAUGCUAUCGCAUUAGCACUCGGUAUAAUCGGCAUUUAUACUGCAUUCAAGAACCACAAUGAGACUGGGGUUGCCAAUCUCUACAGUCUGCACUCCUGGAUUGGCAUUGGGGUUAUUUGCCUCUAUGGUAUUCAGUGGAUAUAUGGGUUCUUGGUAUUCUUCUACCCAAAAGGAAGUCCAGGGCUGAGAAAUGACUCAGUUCCAUGGCAUGUGAUUUUUGGGCUUCUCGUUUACAUUUUGGUCGUCGGCAAUGCUACCUUGGGGUUCUUGGAGAAGCUCACAUUCCUUGAGAGCUCAGGAGUCGAAAAGUUUGGAAGUGAGGCAUUUCUUGUCAACUUCACUGCUCUGGUUACACUCGUGUUUGGGGCCUUUGUGAUAUUCUCGGUCAUUUCUCAGGGUCCUGUAGAAGAAGACCACAGCUACUCAGAAAUAUGAACUACGAUCCUACAUGAUAGUUAUGUUGUUAUAUAGUGUUAAUUGCAUCACGUCGCCAUACUUAAUUGGCUUGAACCAAUAAAGCAUGGAGAUCUGGCUGUCAUGAUCUUUAUGUGUAGCCCUAAUUCUAUACAUAAGAGUUGUGAUUGCUGCUUGUCCAUAAGUUUAUUGGCGAUAGAGAUGCUCAUGAUGUUUUUCUUUCAAAUUGAAAUUUUAGGAAAGUGUAAGAUGCAUAUAAUAAUACGAUAGCCUUUUAGGGGGUGUAUUCAAUUCAGAUUUUAAAAGACUUUGUUUGAGUUUUUAUAAUCCAUGGAUUUACUUAAUUCACGAA